CCGGAAGUAGUCAGCAUCCCGGACGGACAGAAGUGCUGACAGUCUUUGACAGAAGCUCGCCGGAGCUGCUUAAAGGACUUGGUGGCCAUGGAGUUGGGCGAGCUGCUCUACAACAAAUCCGAGUACAUCGAGACGGCAUCUGGGAACAAAGUUAGUCGCCAGUCAGUGUUGUGCGGAAGUCAGAACAUCGUUCUCAAUGGCAAGACCAUUGUGAUGAAUGACUGUAUUAUCCGAGGGGAUCUGGCAAAUGUAAGAGUUGGACGUCACUGUGUUGUGAAAAGUCGGAGUGUCAUAAGGCCACCAUUCAAGAAAUUCAGCAAAGGCGUUGCAUUCUUCCCUUUACAUAUCGGGGACCAUGUUUUUAUUGAGGAAGAUUGUGUGGUCAACGCAGCUCAGAUUGGCUCUUACGUUCAUGUUGGCAAGAACUGUGUGAUUGGGCGUCGGUGCGUGUUGAAAGACUGCUGCAAAAUUCUUGACAACACAGUGUUACCCCCAGAAACUGUAGUCCCACCAUUCACUGUCUUCUCAGGCUGCCCAGGACUCUUCUCAGGGGAGCUCCCAGAAUGUACCCAGGAGCUGAUGAUUGACGUCACCAAGAGCUACUACCAGAAGUUUUUGCCCUUGACACAGGUCUAAUGUCACUGCCUCAUGUCUUGAAUUUACUUGAGCUCUAAGAUAAACUUGGGGACAAAGUGAGCCAGUCAGCAUCUACAAAGAGCUCUUGUGUCUUUGACACCUUCUACCCAUCCUUUUCUGUUGUUGGUUUUUCUUGUUUAAUUAUUUGGAAUUUCUCAAUCAUCCUUGGCUCUAAGCUCUUAAGACUUUAGUAUAGAACAUCUGGAAGAAUUGUCUCCAAAUGGUCUGCUUAAACUGUAUCUAUUAACAGUCACUUCAUACCAUUCAUUAUAUGUGGGACACAGAAUCAUCUGCUCCCAAUACUCCUACCCUCGGUCCUGUGGAUGACUGGGUCCUGCCGCUGGCCAGGUGCAGAGCAGAGUGCUCUGUCCCGAAGCGCAUGUUACGAAGCUGGUGUGCUGCUCUUGGCCAUAAACUCCCACAGCAAGUGCCACUCACUGGGUCACUCUAAGCUUGCCUGCUGCUAACAUUUUUGGGCAGUUACUACAAUUACAUGUAAUUGUGAAGGAAAAGUAUUUGUGGCCUUUCAGAGCCCGGAUUCCUGUUGGCUACUGAAAUGAGAAAGGAGGGGUAGUUGGUAUUUCUCUUCUUUCCCAAAUGACUUUAUCAUUUUAACCAAGGGUGACUAACAUAAGACUUUUUAACAUUCUGUUUGAGGGCCUUUGGCUUUCACUAGAAGGGGGACCCUCAGCACCCAGAUUUUAUUUUUGUGAAGUCCCAGGUUUGAAUCUCCCAUGUGGAUGGACUAGUCUGGCAGCCGCUCCUUGCUUCAAGGUAUUUGAGAGCAGCCAAACAUGCCUUAUUUCAUUGAAGACAUAGCGUUUGUGAUACCUGUUCCCGGGUCUGUAACCAUUUAAUUCUCCUUUUAAUUGCCACACACCUCACAGUUCAGACCAAAAUAUCUGUAUUUGGGCCCAGUCAUAUGUAUACACUGGGGCCUCUUAAAAUCACUCUGUGGCACAGAGUCCCAAGCAGUCAGUGAAGUCGCCAGUGCCACUCUUAACUCUUAUUGUCUUCUGGCUAAUAGUACCAUCCUCCAUGGUUCUGCUCUGACCUCUUGGUUUAAAAGGAAGAUCUAGAAGUAAAGUUCUGAGAAUGUUGGCCUUGCUUAAUGCUCUGAAUUUCCUGUGAGUAGGAUGGAACUGUUUAGCCUUGGAGGUUAGGCUCUAGCAGGCACUGUACUGACUCAAUAUCCCUUUAUGGGUUGACAGCUAUAUGUAAUUAUCUCCACUCAUUCAAUGUAAAACUGCUUUCUGGUUUGUCUUUUUUUUUUUUUUUUUAAGUUUGUCCAUUAAAAGAUUGACAACCAAACAGUUAUUUAAAGAAGUAAAGAUCAUUCUCCCCUUCCAGUGAUGGCUACCUCUAUUCCUUAGGCACUUUACUAUGUGUCUGGUACCCUACUGCAGGCUUUACAUUCAUUAACCUGCUCAUGGCUCACAUUUUACAGAUGAGAAAAUUAGAUAACUUGGUACAAUGCAUACAGUGAAGAAGUGGCUGACCCAGGAGUCAGAGCCAUGUCAGUCUGGCUUUACAGCUCAUGCUCUUCAGAGGGGCCAAGCUUGUCCUUGGAGCACACUGGCUGUGCAUCCUGUCUCAUACCAGCAGUCAGUGAUGGUUACGCGAUGUUUGAUUAUACCCUGGCUUCUCAUCCAGCCCCCUUCUCCUUUUGUGCCACCAAAAAGGUGAAUCUUAGAAUUGGCAGAAUAUAACCUUUUGCUCACUAGAGAAAUCUUCCAGGACAUGUCCAACAGGUUACCAUCCUGCCUAUUUUUGAAUACUUGCUACUUUAUGCAACUAACUGUUCAUUUUCUUUGUAAGUUUUUCCAGCUUUAUUGAGAUAUAAUUGCCAUAAUUUUUUAACUGUCCAUUUUGUUGGUGAACAGCCCACAAAGUGGGGAGAAUGGUUGAGCCUCCUAAAACAAAACAAUUUGAAAAUCUUUAAGUAACUCAAGUGCAUGAUUCCAAAAGUCCAAUCCAGCUAAGAAAGGACAAGUAAUGAAGUAAGUCUUCCCAGUUCAGAAUACCAGAGACGACCACCCUGAACAGAUUCUCGUCUCUCCUAGCACAGGUAGUCUGCAUAUGCACAAGCAGGUAUGUAUAUAUCUACACACCAGCCUCUCCACAUUCAUACAGAUGUGAUCAAACAUGAGCUGUGCUGUUCGGCACCUUGCUGCUUUGACUUAACAAUAUAUCUUAGAGAUUGCUCCAUAUUGGCAUGUAUAGGUGAUCAAACAGCAGUUGCUAACACAGUGUUUAUCACACACCAGGUGCUCUUCUGAGUUCUUUACAUUUAUUAUUUCCUCUCAUCUCCACAAUCACCACGACAUCUGUGCACUUAAUUGUCCUCAAGGAACAGAGAUUAAGUAAAGUGCCCUAUUUUAUAUGACUAAUGCAGCAGUGAACCUAGGCAUUCUGUCUCUAGAGCCCAUACUUUUUUUUAAUCCUCACAUGAAGAUAUAUUUACUGAUUUCAGAGAGAGAGAGACAGAGAGAAACAUUGAUAUGAGAGAGAAACAUUGAUCAGUUGCCUCCCAUACAUGCCCCCACUGCCCCACAACCUAGGUAUAUGCCCUGACUGCGAAUCAAGCUUGCAACCUUUUGGGGUACAGGGUGAUGCUCCAACCAAUUAAGCUACCUGGCCAGGGCUAAAGCCCACACUUUAAUUACUAUGCUGGAAUCCCUUCCUGUUAAACCUCUCAUUGCCCCAGAUUGUGUUAUCUGGCUGUACAGAGAGCUGAAAAAGUGAGUAUUUUGGUUUUCAGGCAGAUAGGGAGAUGGGGGAUUGAAGAUGAGUUUUGGGUGAACCAUCUAAUGAUGUCUGGCACAGGCAGGAAGCCUAGUGUCUCCUCUGAGAAGACAAUCUCCUUGUAUGGUGCCCUGGUGUCUUUGGAGAAUUGUCUGGCUUGCAGUCAUUCAUAGUGUCUAAAAAUGCUGCACCAUAUAGUUGGCACUCCAGAGAGGAAUGUACAGACUAGAUGAAACAAAAACCCAAUUAGAACCGCUUUGUUAUAGUGACAGAAAUCUAGCUUGAAGUGGUUUAAGGGGGAAAAAAAAAAGUGGGGAUAGUUUUAUUGACUUACACAACAAAUCAUGGGAAAAACUAGCUUGGGAGGCAGUUGGAUUUGAACCUAGGGCAAGUUACUCAGUCUCUGAGCUGUACAGUGGGAAUUACAGUGGUGUGCCAUAGGGCUGGUACAGAUUAAAUGUAGGCAUUAAGGAUAGUUUCUGGCAUGUAGAAGGCUCUCCAGAAGUAAUAACAUCAUAUUGAAGGGACAGUGAUACUCAGCGAUUUAAACCCCAUCAGAGCUGUUUGUUUUUAUAUCUUUUUCAUCUUCACAUUAAUAAAGGAACAGACUGGGCCUGCUGUAACAAGGAGAUCAUGCAAAUACAGUGGCUCAGACAAUAUAGAAAGUAAUUUCUCUCUUACCUAAUAGUGCAGAGAUAGGCGGGUGGUCCAGAGUAGGUAAGUCGCUCUAACAUGUCACCAGACCCUCAAGUUCCUACUGUCUUGUCAUAUGGCAACAUUUAGCUAUAAGGUAGAUUGUAAAUUUAGUCUCUAGCUGGGCAGCAAAAACUAAGGACAUCAGAGAGGGCAAGCUCUCCCAGGCCUGUGUCUUGGGAGACACUUGCUUUUCUCCUACUGUAAGUGGGCUUUCUCCAUGCAUUGUGGCAGGUGGCAGCUGACAGCUCCAGACUUAUAUCCUCCCAACUGGGUGGCCCUGAAAGAAAGGCUUCUUCCCUCCAGUUCCAAUUUGGAAAAUCCCAGAGAAAGGUUCUCAGUGGUUUGUCAUGAAUCCCAUGCCCUCUUUGAUCACUCAGUGUGGCCAAGGGUGUGCAGCACUAUGAUAAACCUGAUCUGGGUCAAGACCUUUACUUCAUCCCACCAUGCUGGAGAAACGGCAAAGCCCAUUAACAGAGCAAGGUGCUGAGAAGAUCAAACAACAGCCAUUACAAAACGAGUCUGUAGUUAAGAACUGAUACUCUUUGAAAGGGUGUUGAUAGUUGUAAUUGCAUGUCCUGGGAAAGGCCAUCUGGUCUCUGUCUCCAUGGUGGCUCUCACCUGGGGACAGUCUGUCAUCAGACAAUUUACCUUCCCCAGUCUCUUUGUCCUCUCAGUAUUCCCAGUAGAGCAGGCAGAUGGGAGAGCCCUUGAUUGGGACUCUUUCCAGUUGGCUUAGGGCAGAGAAGGGAUUUACUGGCUAAUGUAGCUGAUAAAGUCAGGGAUAGAUUAGCUGUCAAGCUGGAUCCCAGGACUCAAAACAGAGUCAUAAGGAACCUAUCUCUUCAGCUCUCUAUGGUGCUCUGAGUUUACUUUCUUCUCAGGCUUCACGACUGACCCCCACGGCUUGAUAUUGAUCGAAAGAGCUCCCCGUCCCUGAUAAAACCCUUGGACCUGGUUGUCAUUGGUCCAAACAAGUGAGGUAUCCAGCCUCAAGGCAUGAUUGUGGCCAGGAAGAUGGAAUACACUGAUUACCUAGGCCUGGGGCACAUACCUACUUGGACUGAGACUUGGUGCCUGGUGGUGGUACUGGCAUGGGGGGGCAGUGAUUUUACCAGAAGAGGAGAUGAAUGGGUACCAAGCCAGAAAAACCAUUAGGUGUCCACUUCAGGCCUCUUCCUUUUCUCUGGAUGUCUUCAUUUUUCUCUGUCUCCCUGCCCUCCCUUACCCAAUCUCAUUACUUAGUCUUGUGGGGGUGGGGUACCACCUGAGCAGUACCUGGGCCUGGAUUAGGGAGCACAGAGAGGAUGUAACUUAGCCAAAGGGGAGACUAUUUAAUGAAGAGCCAUUUGGGCCCUGUUUGGCGUGUCUCAGUGACUUGAACAUCAGCCUGUGAACUGAAAGGUUACUGGUUCAAUUCCUGGUCAGGGCACAUGCCUGGGUUGUAGGCUAGGACCCCAAUUGGGGGCUGCAAGAG